AUGACGACGAAACACCAGACACAUGAUGUCAACAGCCAGGGAGACAAAAAGGCUGCAAUUUACGUCAAAUGCAAUGGGCGGGAGCCAAGGUGUGAUCGGUGCGAGGCUCGGGGAGACGAAUGCGAAUACAAACAGUUAGAUCAUUGCUAUGGUAACAAUAGUAGUUCUUUACUGACACAAAAAUUCAGGUCACCAACACUGGCUUACACGCACUCACUAGAGAAACGUGUCGAAGAGUUGGAAGCGGAGAUUCAGGCUCUUCGAGCCGGAGCAGCAGACAAGAACACCCUAGAACCCGAAUCUUCUGCCGAGAACCAAAACCCGCCGAUAAAUGCUAUCGAAUCAUCUAGACCUAGGGUCCUCAAGGGCCUGAAUCUCGAUGAUAAGGGUGUCCCGAUCUAUCAUGGUUCAACAAGCUUUUUCCACCGGCUAGAUAGUUCUAUCCAAAAUGGAAGCACUUCCGGAAUAGCUACACAAAUAUCUGACCCCCUUGGAGCCGAGAGCAGGCAGAGACUUGUAUUGAAUGCAUGGGAGCAGCGUGCGCAAGAGAGUUUGUCUCAGAUACCUGAACCUUUCCGGUACUUGUUGAAUCUUCACUGGUGCUGGAUUCAGCCGUUAUUCAACUUCAUCUACAGACCCGCAUUCACACGUGAUAUGGCUAUGAUGGGGCCCUACUACUCUCACACAUUGAUGAAUGCUCUCCUUGCCCACUCGGUACGGUGGGGAAUAGGAGACGAACAAACCCGACAGCUUCUGAGUCCUUACGACGAUGGCAAAGUGUUUGCCAGGCAAGCCUGGGAUGGUAUAUUCAAUGAGCUUAGAGAGGGUGUGUGCACCAUUCCAACAGUACAAGCGCUGCUUCUUCUGAGCGCACAGGAAUGUAGUCAUGGCAAUAGCACACAGGCAUGGGUUUGUACUGGCAUCGCCUUUCGACUUAUUGACCAUCUUGGGAUCUGCUUCGAUAGCCAGCGGUAUAUGGGAUCUGCCACUUUAUCCGACGAGGACACUGAAAUACGCCGUCGCUUGUUUUGGAGCUGUUACUUUUGGGAUAAACUGAUGAGUCUCUACCUGGGAAGAUCGCCUUCCCUGCAGCAAUCUCCCGCCUCCCCUCCACAGCGUAUCCUUGAUGAUUCAGCCGAGGACGAGUUGUGGACGCCACACGGUCUCACUUACGCGAACGGAGAACAAUAUCCUCCCACUCCCUCCCAUUCGACAUCCUCCUUUAUUCAGAUAUGCCGGCUUACGGUCAUAUUCAAUGAAAUUCUCAUCCACAUGUAUGAUCCGACCUACCACAACUCAGAUACAGAGAUGCACAGUUGUCUUAUCAAAGAGGAGGCGUCGUUAAACUCAUGGUGGGCGGAAUUGCCUCCCUUUCUCAAGAUGGAAGUAUCAGAUCUUCCUCGAUAUGCUCCACCUUCAAACAUCGUAAUACUAAAUCUUCUCUAUCAUUGCUUUCGAAUCCUCCUCUAUCGGCCAAUGCUAUCGCGCCGCUCGUCUCCGGAAUUUGGCCCUCUUGAGCCAAAUCCAAACCAUCUCCGUGAGUGCGUCAGCUCUGCGACAGCUAUAAUCGCCAUUUUCGACCUCUAUUAUCGAACGUUUGGCGAAUCUCACUGCACGAUUUCUGUCGCAUACUGCGUGUAUAUAGCUUCAUCUAUCUUCCUUCUCCAGGUACAGGCUACGCCAAGUGAUCAUCAAGCGGCACGCCGGCUGGAGUUCUGCGGCCACGCACUUGCAAGUGCUAGUAGGAUUAAUCCAAUAAUUCGAAGCGCGCUGAAGUUAGUGAUGGAGGCAAUUAACGACCUUGGAGUCGAAAUGGCGAUGCCUUUUGAACCACAGCCUGUCACGGGCACAACCCCUACAACCAGCACAAACUAUCCGCUGCAAUCUCAGGCAUUCCUAUCUUCGAUUGAUUCAAGUCAACUACCCUUCACUUACGAGCCCGAUUUUGAAGGGCUUGAUCAGUUGCAGUUUGGUCUAAAUGUCGAUGAUCUAAGUAUAUCGUCGGAAAUGUUCCAAGCUGUCUUGUCUUUAGAGCCUAUGACUGUGAGGUUGGAAGACCUUAAUGACCAAGUCCUAUAG